UUCUUUUUAAUUUCUCAAUUUCGUGUCUCCUUUCUCCUGUUUUUCCAUAAUCACUUCUUAAUUUAGAAUCCCCAAAACUUUUCGAAAUUAGGGUUUCCGUACAUGAUGAUUUGGGGGUUUCUUGAUUUGAUAAUUCUAAUGUUUUGAUUGUGCAAUUUCGAAAUUAGGGCAAUAAUUUCGUCUAAUCCCGAGAUUUAAGACAAAGCCUGCAAUUUUUAGGGUUUUCUUCUCUUUUGGUUUUUCAGGGUAUGGAUUAUUAUGAUCGGUUUAAGUUGUUCGUUGGUGGUAUUGGGAAAGAGACUAGUGAAGAAGCUUUGAAACAGCAUUUUAGCAGAUAUGGAGUUGUGUUGGAAGCUCUUGUAGCUAAAGACAAAGUCACUGGAGUAUCUAGAGGGUUUGGGUUUGUUCGUUUUGCUAAGGAUUAUGAUGUUGUUAAAGCUCUUAAAGAUACUCACUUCAUUCUCGGUAAAUCCGUUGAUGUGAGAAAGGCUAUUCGGAGACAUGAGUUUAUAUAUCAGAAUCGGUUUAGUAUCCCUCUAUUAGAGGGCAAAGUUCAACAGCAACAGAACAAUGGUGGUUUCCAUGAGAUGCCGAGUAAUGGUAUGAUGCCUAGUAAUGGUAUGAUGCCGAGUAAUGGUACGAUGCCGAGUAAUGGUAUGAUGCCGAGUAAUGGUACUGCUACGCAUAGGACCAAGAAGAUAUUUGUUGGAGGUUUGUCGGCUAACACGACUGAAGAAGAGUUCAGGAGCUACUUUGAGAAGUUUGGUCGGACGACUGAUGUAGUUGUGAUGCAUGACGGUGUGACAAACAGGCCAAGGGGUUUUGGGUUUGUUACAUAUGAUUCGGAGAAGUCUGUUGAGGUUGUUAUGCAGAGUAGUUUCCAUGAGUUGAGUGAUAAGCGUGUGGAAGUGAAACGUGCAAUACCUAAAGAAGGAAUCCAGAGCAAUAAUGGUAAUCUUAACGUUCCUCCUACCUACAGCAGCUUUCAAGCAACACCUUAUGUCCCUGAACAGAACGGAUAUGGGAUGGUUGUACAGUAUGCUCCCGUCUUUGGUUAUCAUCAGAGUGUCCAAGCCCCUCAGUAUCCUUAUGGUUGCCAAUUCAACCAAUUCACAGCUCAAGGGCCUAAUGUUCCAUGGAGCAAUCAGUUUAUGCAACCCACUGGUUUUUACUGCCCUCCUCCUCCUCCUCCUCCUCCCACCAACACUCUUGGUUAUCUCCCUUACAUGAACGGGUUUGAUCUUUUGGGUACGAGCAUUCCAGGGUACAAUCUUGUACCAUGGUCUGUAACAGGGGAUGCAGCUGGUGGGCUAAUACAUCAGUUUGGAGAUUUGAAGCUCGGGGUCGCUAGUCAAGCUCAUCAGAGAAUGAGUGGAGGUAACAUGGGAAACCCAUUGCAGAAUGAUACAUAUAGAUGACAGUUGCAGAAUGAUAAAUGCAAUUAGGUUCACAAGGUUAGUGAAAUUCUUUGGACUCUUUAAAAUGGUUUUUUUUUAGGUUUCUUUUCUUUCUUCAUUAACUCUUUGGUAAAUGCGUUGGUUGGUAUGGUUGGCUUGUAUAUUUGUUUAGGUAUUUGAUUUUAACCCCAAAGACAUCUGUAAUAUAUUACUGCGUUGUAAUAUAUCACACACUCAUUUCGUUUAUGUUGGUUUUUUAUGGUU